UUCAGCGACCGCCUCAAGCGCAACGACGCCAUCCUCGCUCUCAUUGACGACAUGAGCGCGGCAAUCCAAGUCACCAUUGACCGCGAUGAUCCCCAGUUCGAGGAGCAGAGGGAGAAGCAGCGGGAGACGAGGGAUGCGCUGAUUAUGGAGAUUUAUUGUUGUUUGUCGUUUAUCAGGUCGUUGAGCGGGGUGGGGGUGGUGAAGAGACUAUCGACGGAGACCAGCGAGCGCGUGGAUGCCCUUUCGAAGAGCUUGAAGACUUUCAUAUUCGAGGUGGAGACGAAGGGGUAUCUGGAUACGCAGCUGGCUGUGUUCAGAACGGAGAAGCUAGCGAAAGAGCUCGUGGAUGAGAGAAUAUUGAGCUCCCUGCCCGCCGCGAAGGACGUACAGCCCGGUUCGACCAAAAGCUGCGCUCCAGGUACACGCGUCGAGCUGCUUCGCGAGAUUGAAGAUUGGGCGUUCAACCCCGAUGGCAAGCGCGCUUACUUCCUAUACGGCGCCGCAGGCAAGGGCAAGUCAGCCGUCGCGCACGCUGUCGCCCUGCGACUGCGCACCUCAGGCGCCCUCAGCCCCUUCUUUGCUUUCGAUCGGACCACGCGCGAUCGCGAGGCGCACCAGCUCUUCCCGACCCUUGGGUCGCAGCUAGCGAGGAGGAACAAGGCUUACCAUGACAGACUGUGCAAGAUGGACGCAGACGACCUGGGCACGCGCGAUAUAAAGGAUCAGAUGGGGCACUUGAUCAUGGACUUGCUGGGUGCGGAGGAUACGGUACUGGUCCCCGUCGUCUUCGUCAUCGACGCGCUCGACGAGUGCCCGGACUCGGAUGCGAUCGACGAGGCGCGGAGUACAAGGCUGGCUGAAGAGCGUCGCACGCUCCUCGAGUGCCUCCGCCAAUGCAUUUCGACAGACCGCCUCCCGUACAACAUCCGCUUCCUCAUCACCGGCCGUCCGGACGACGAUAUCCGCACCUACCUCGCC